ACUCAGCUGACCGUCAUAGGACUGGUUGAUAUUUGCAUAUUCUUCCUGUGUGUUGAUGCAACUGUCUUCUUACAAUUACCACUCCUCUCAACGGCACCAAAGCGGCAUCGUGAAUCUCAAAUCCGAGGCCCUGCAUCGCGUGGCUUAACCUUCAGCCCAACCCGCCCCCGCCGCCAAUUGGACUUACGCCGCUGCCUAUUCAAAGUUCCCCCCAUUCGACGCACUCCACGAUAUCGGCACCUCUCACAUCCAACUCGCCGGAUACCUUUGACCGACAACGCAUUCGAACUUUCCGUGCUUUUUCGAGUGACCCGCCUCGCAUUCCCACGCUCUGAUCCAAUCGGUCAGGCGCCCGUGCUUCCGCCACCUCGGUGCAUAAGGCGCUGCUCAGCCCCGCCGUGGGUAAGCUGUCGCUGCGAAAAAAAAGGAGCAGGGCGAUCACUUUCGCUUUCACAAGUAACUGCCGCAGUCGCAAUGAAUGAGGUCAAUCUGCGCCGCAAGGACACCACCAAGGGUCCACCAUUACGGAUUCUGUCUCUAGAUGGAGGUGGUGUUCGCGGUUACUCCAUGCUCAUUAUCCUCCAGGAACUCAUGUAUCGGACCUAUGUCGAAUGCGAAGGCAAGCCGCCUCGUCGCGACCAAAUACCCAAGCCCUGCGACCACUUUGACUUGAUUGCUGGCACCGGCACCGGCGGCUUGAUCGCGAUCAUGCUGGGACGUCUUCGCCUCGACCUCGAGACCUGUAAAGAAGUUUAUGUGCGCAUGACCAGGAGGGUCUUUGAGACGGAUAAGACUAUCGCCGGUAUUCCUUAUCGCUCGACGUUGUUCAAGGCCUCGAAGCUCGAGGAAGCGAUCCGGGAAUGCGUGCGCGAACACACGGUCUUCGAGGCCGAGGGUAACGACCAACCGAAUGCCGGCAACAACCCUGGAGCAUCGAUCGCAAGUCUUCCCUAUACUAGCCCAAACUCUGUACCGCAGAGAUCCGUCAGCCGAGGCAGUUUUAGCACGUCAGCCAUGUCCCAUCCCCAAAGUCCCGCGAGCCAAAGAGGGUCCACUUUUCUGAAUGGGCUGCGCUGGGGGAAUCCGGAGGCUCUUCUCUACGACAAUCGAGAAUUCCGGACCAAAACUGCUGUCACUGCGCUAUAUAAGGGUACUCAGCGUAACGGGUCAGCCGUACUUCUACGCUCCUACGACUCUCGCCGGGAACCCCCACCCGAGUUUGACUGCACCAUCUGGCAGGCUGGCCGCGCCACAUCAGCCACGGGACUUGCUUUUAAGCCGAUACAAAUCGGCCAGCAUGUGUUCAUCGAUGAAGGACCUGGAACCUACAAUCCGGCACCCCAGAUUCUUGAAGAAGCAGUUGCCAACGAGUGGCCUGGUCGAGAGGUCGGUGUGUUCAUCAGUGUUGGAACUGGCCGACGGCCUUCUGGCACCAAUAACCGACAGCAUGAAUGGUGGGAGGAUUUCUUUGGUUCCGCGACCGGCACGUUCGCCGAGGCACGACGACGACUGAUCUCAAAGAUCGAAGGCUGCGAGGCUAUUCAUCAGGAAAUGCUGCGGGAAACGCUUGCUAAGCGUGGCGUCCCCACUGACAACUACUACCGGUUCAACGUGGAGGUUGGCGUUGGCGAGUUUGGAAUGAACGAGUGGAAUCGCCUGGCUGACAUCAGCACCAAUACCCGGCAAUAUCUGGCCAAAUCGGAGGUGAAAAAGAUGAUUCUCGACUCCAGUGUGAAGUUUGCCAAGAUCGACCGCAUGAACAAGCGCCUUGCCCAGCAUGCGGCCGCCGGUGGUGACCGCGAUGACCUGUCAUUUGACCUCGAGCGAGAGGAGACCAUAGUCCACUCACGCAACCCUUCGACUAACCCUUCGACCUACUCGGUGCCUCCUCCGGCAAAUCAGUUCGCAGUCGAGCUGCCCGCCUCGCCAGUCGAAUACUUCCCACAACCCGCUUCGCAGGCCUCCCCCUCCGUCCCCUCCAGUGUGACCGUGACCGCACCACCCGGAGACGACUCAUUACCCACCCAUCCAACUCCCCACAACAAUAGCCUACCAGUCUCCCCGACGCGGCACUCCAGCAGCGAUGUCGGCAGCUUCCGUCCCAGUCAUGAGCAUAACCGACCUUCCUCGCAACAGCAGGGUUCUCCCGGGCGCAGCGCCGAGCACGUCGCAUCCCAUACCGCGUCGCCUCUGAACGGCAUGCCUCCGCCCAUCCCGCCCAAGACACCCAUCCCAUACCCGUCCAUCGAGGAUGGUGGUGUCUCUAUGCCCGCGCCGCUCUUCUCUCAACCGCACGUUCCUGUGCCAAGCGGCAAGGUGCGACCGCCGUACCCCGUGGACGAACCCCCGCCCGUGGUCAACCGACAGCGCAAGCCGAGCUAUCACGUGCGGUGAUAUCAAUGAUUUAUGGUGUAAAGCGCAGUCUGGGGGGUGGAAUAUUGAUCGUGGUCACUUUUUAUGUUUAUAUGUUAUGGCCUAUUAUUUCUUGCUUUUUUCUACUGGAUACCCUUCAAUCGGCACGGUGAAUAGGGACUGAGGUGGACCGAAAUGGGCGGUGUCUGGGCGUUUACACAUUGGAUUUUCCGCAUUUCUUUUUUUUGGCCAUAGCUAUGUGUGAAUGAUGGUACCUUGGAGAUUCUGUUCAUGCCUUGAUGGACAUACAGAGCCAGACAGAGUCGAAGACACAGUACACCUCGCUGUUAGGCAGCAGGGUGAUGAAUGAUGAUGAUGUUUUUGAGGAUUGUAUAGGAUUUGCUUGCACAUAGUCUCUGUUCAUCGGGCGUAUAGUACAUAUGGUGUAGUAUAAAAC